CCUUCUUCAGUCUCCCCCCCAAUUCCUCUCUCUCACCAAAUUACUCGCAGAGUCUCUCUCUCUCUCCCCCCAUUCCGAUGAGUUUCGUGAGAUAGAGGGAGAGAGAAUCAAAGAAACUCACGAGAGUUCUUCGACAAUUUGCAUUCUCCGGAAAAGGAGAUUUUGGCUGACCGUUGUCUAAUACUACUUUCAGGAAGAGUGAAUCGAUGUUAAAGACAUUGUUAGUUCACGGGCUCUUGUUCUUGUUCUUAGUCGUCUCCGUCGCCGGCGACGACAACGACGGUGGCUUGUCGAUAUGCAACUGCGACGACGACGACAGUUUCUUCAGCUACGAGGUAAUCCUCGAAUCGCAGAAAGUCGGCGACUUUCUAAUCGCGAUCGCUUAUUUCUCGAUACCAAUCGAGCUGGUCUACUUCGUUAGCCGCACCAAUGUGCCAUCACCUUACAACUGGGUCGUCUGCGAGUUCAUAGCCUUCAUUGUUCUCUGUGGCAUGACCCAUUUGCUCGCUGGUUUCACCUACGGGCCCCACUGGGCUUGGGUCAUGACAGCUGUCACUGUCUUCAAGAUGCUGACUGGGAUCGUCUCCUUCCUCACGGCGAUCUCGCUCGUCACUCUCUUACCCUUGCUUCUUAAGGCCAAGGUUCGAGAGUUUAUGUUGAGUAAGAAGGCGAGAGAGCUUGAUCGUGAGGUUGGGAUCAUAAUGAAGCAGACCGAGACGAGUUUGCACGUCCGUAUGCUCACCAGUAAGAUAAGGACGUCUCUGGAUCGUCACACGAUUCUCUACACGACGCUUGUGGAGUUAUCCAAGACUCUGGGGCUCAAGAACUGUGCGGUCUGGAUCCCGAAUGAGAUCAAGACGGAGAUGAAUCUUACGCACGAGCUGAGACCGAGGACUGAUGGCGAGAACGAGAAUGUUGGUGGGUUUUCGAUACCGAUCACCGAGUCUGAUGUCGUGAGGAUUAAGAGAAGCGAAGAGGUGAACAUGUUGAACCCUGGCUCUGCGCUUGCCUCCGUGACUAGCCGAGGGAAAUCAGGUCCUACGGUUGGGAUUAGAGUCCCGAUGCUCCGGGUUUGUAACUUUAAAGGCGGGACACCGGAGGCGAUUCACAUGUGCUACGCGAUCUUGGUCUGUGUGCUUCCUUUGGGGCAGUCACGGAACUGGACUUACCAAGAGCUUGAGAUCGUUAAGGUUGUGGCUGAUCAAGUCGCUGUUGCGAUCUCUCACGCCGUGAUUCUGGAAGAGUCUCAGCUCAUGAGAGAGAAGCUCGCGGAACAGAACCGAGCACUUCAGGUGGCGAGGGAGAACGCGCUGAGAGCUAAACAAGCCAAGGCUGCUUUCGAGCAGAUGAUGAGCGAUGCGAUGAGGCGUCCCGUGCGGUCCAUUCUCGGGUUGCUUCCUUUGAUAACGCAGGACGGGAAACUACCCGAGACGCAAAAGGUUAUCGUCGAUGCGAUGGGGAGAACAGGGGAGCUACUGUUGCAGCUUGUGAACAACGCCGGAGAUAUAAACGCCGGGACGAUCCGCGCCGGAGAUACGCAUUGCUUCAGUUUGCGUUCGGUCGUGAAGGAAACGGCUUGCUUGGCGAGGUGUUUGUGCGUUGGGGACGGGUUUAGUUUCUCGACGGAAGUUGAUAGAGCAUUGCCCGAUUACGUCGUAGGCGAUGCGAGAAAGGUGUUUCAAGUGGUUUUGCAUAUGCUCGGGGGUUUAAUCCACCGGAAGAUCAAAGGGAAUGUGACUUUCCGGGUUUUACCUGAAAGCGGAAACUCAGAAGUCGCAGGGAGAAAAGAUACACAAGAAGCUGUUUGGCGACAAUGCUAUUCCAAAGAAUACAUUGAAGUUAGAUUCGGAUUCGAGGUAGCCGCAAGAGGCCAAGAGAGUAGUAGUAGUAGUAGUAGCAUUAAACCGGAGGAGGAGGAGAUUCCGAGUUUCGACAUCUGCGAAGAUAUAGUAAAGUUAAUGCAAGGGAAUAUAUGGGUCGUGGAGGACGGUUUAGGUUUGGUGAAAAGCCUGUCGGUUGUUUUCCGGUUCCAACUCCGGCGGUCUAUACUGUCACGAGGCGGUGGAUAUUCUGGAGAAACUUUCAAAACAUCAACUCCUCCGUCUACUAAUAAUAACGGUCAUUGGCGUCAGGAGGGAGGGAAUGUAGAGCAGAACAGAGAUAAGGGUGUAAUAUGAAAAUACGUAAAAAUGCUAGGGGCUAAGAAUUUCAAAUAUCAGAGGGACCUAAACGGUGUCGUUCGGCUGUAUAAACCUGAAAAUUAACUAGAUUUAACUAUAGUCUAUCAUGUGCAUGUAGGGCAAAAAGGUAUAAGGUUCGGACUUGUAACCUGUUUAAUAAAAUUACCUCUAUUUGAGUACUAAACUUCUCAAUUUAUCAAAAAAUAAAAACCAUGGUAUAAAAAUUCGAUA